AAUAUGGACGUGUACUUGAAACAAUAAUGAUAAUAAAAAAAACCGUUAUAUAAAAAAAUAAAAAAUAAAAAAAAACCCUAAUAUGGACGUGGAUUUUCACCGCACAGACAUGGCACCUCCGGCAACGGCGAGGUGAGUGAAGCUCCGGCCGGCGGCGGUCAAGGAAAACAUAUAUUUUAGAACCACUCUUCCACACUCUCUCUCUUCCGCUUUUCACUAUUAGCACGCUUGAGAUGACGACUGCCAUGGGACCUCCACCGCCAAGAAACACUUCCUCCUCUUCUCCAAUGGAUUCCGACGCCGGAACCCUGGAGGGAGAUUCAACCUUUUCUUCAACGGCAACGAAGGCCGUCAUGGGCCCUCCUCCUCCGAAAAAUCCCACCCCUCCCGACUCUGAACCCCCAACCCUAACCGCAACUCAAGAAAACGAACAACCAGUGAAUUCCACCAAUUCUGGUGCUUCAGAACCCAUCGAGAAGGUUUCAGAUGGCUCCGCAUCUGAUAAAGCUGUGGAACUUGCUUCGAAGGAACCCCAGAGCGUAGCUGUGCCAUACACCAUUCCUUCUUGGAGUGGAGCCCCUUCCCAUCGUUUCUAUUUGGAGGUUCUGAAGGAUGGAUGCAUUAUUGAUCAAUUUGAUGUGUAUGAGAAGGGGGCUUAUAUGUUUGGACGUGUGGAUCUCUGCGAUUUUGUUCUGGAGCAUCCAACCAUUUCUCGUUUUCACGCUGUUCUCCAAUUUAGAAGCAAUGGAAACGCGUACCUUUAUGAUCUUGGAAGUACACAUGGAUCUUUUAUUAACAAAAAUCAGGUGAAGAAAAGGAUUUUUGUGGACUUGCAUGUCGGUGAUGUCAUUCGAUUUGGCCAUUCAUCUCGCUUGUACAUUUUUCAAGGGCCAAAUCAUUUGAUGCUACCUGAAGCAGACCUGACAAUGAUAAAGAAGGCUAAGAUUCGGGAAGAUACACUGGACCGAGAAGCUUCACUUCGACGAGCACGACAGGAAGCAUCUCUUGCUGAUGGAAUAUCUUGGGGCAUGGGAGAAGAUGCUGUUGAAGAGGCUGAGGAUGAAGUUGAUGAAGUCACAUGGCAAACGUACAAAGGGCAGCUAACAGAAAAGCAGCAGAAAACUCGUGAGAAGGUUUUGAAAAGAACAGAAAAGAUUUCUCACAUGAAGAAAGAAAUUGAUGCAAUUCGUGCUAAAGACAUUUCUCAAGGUGGAUUGACACAAGGGCAGCAAACUCAGAUCGCUAGGAAUGAACAAAGAAUUACUCAGAUCAUGGAAGAGCUUGAAAACUUGGAAGAGACACUGAAUGAUAGCAUCAGGGAAAGCCUUGGUGCUCGUUCUGGGAUCCGAUCACGUGGUAAGAAGGGAGGAGGAAUGGAAGACGAUGAAGAAUUUUUAAGUGAUGAUGAUGAUUUCUAUGACCGAACGAAGAAGCCUUCAAAUAAAAAAACUGGCGAAAAUCAAUCAAUUGAAACAGCUGAUUCUCUACUUGAUAAGAGAGAUGCCAUCAAGAAAGACAUGGAAGAAAAAAGAGGAUUGCUUUUGAGUGAGGAGAACAAAAUGGAAUCGCAUGCAGAUUUGGACACUGGCACUGAUGCUCUCGAUGCUUACAUGUCAGGGCUUUCAUCUCAGCUAGUGCUUGACAAAACCACCAAGCUACAGAAUGAAUUAUCAUCUCUUCAGUCAGAACUAGAUAGAAUUUUGUACCUGUUGAAAAUUGCUGAUCCAUCAGGAGAAGCAGCCAAAAAAAGGGGAACUUCAGCCCAGAAAAGUGACUCAAAUCUAGGAGCAAAGCCUGAAAAAUCUAAUGUUUCUGCUUCUGUUAAUGGGAAACCAUGCAAGGAGGCACUAAAAGACACUGAUUCUAAAGAACAAGUGGUGGAUGCCAAACAAAAAGUGAAACCUGCUCACGAUAGUGUUGAACCUAAUGAGUCAGUUACUGAAAAGAUUGUGGAUGAUACAAAAGAUAAAAAAACUAUCAGUUAUACUGUUGUAAAGCCCCAGUGGCUUGGGGCUAUCGAAGAAAUUAAGCCAGAAGAAAUUCAAAAGGACGCUGCACCCGUGGAUAUACAAGAAUCUGAUGAUUUUGUUGACUACAAAGACAGGAAAGAGGUUCUUCAGAAUUCUGAUAAUAAGCCUGCAAAAAUUGAUUCCGUGAUUGAGAGUGCUGCCCCAGGUUUGAUUUUGAGAAAACGGAAGCAAGAAGAUCAAUCUGAUAGCCGCUUAGAUGCCUCUCAACAGUCAACAUCAUCUUCUGAGGCAGAGAGAGCAGAAUUCAAGGCAGAGGAUGCUGUGGCUUUGCUGUUAAAGCACCAAAGAGGGUAUCAUGGAUCAGAUGAGGAAGAAGUUAGACAUGAAAGCAAGCGCUCGACAGCUCGGAACAUAUCAAAAAAGGAUGAGAAGAAGUCCAAGAGGGUACUUGGUCCUGAAAAACCGUCAUUUCUUGAUGCAAAAGCUGAUUAUGAAUCAUGGGUACCUCCUGAAGGCCAAUCCGGCGAUGGGCGGACAGCAUUAAAUGAACGUUAUGGGUACUAAUAUUCCAUGUUUCUAACAAUAUUGCCUGAAAUUGGGUCUCUUUCACCCUUUUCGGAAAGAUGCAGUUGAUCACUGUCCAUAAAUUACGUCAUCAACCCGAGCUGCUUUUUCCAGUGUAUAGAAAUAGAGGUAGCUAGGGUGCUGAUGGCACCAUGGCUCUACAUGCAAAAGCCUUGUGUUAAAAGUUUUUAAAAAAAGGGAAAAGAAAGAAAAAAAAGAAGGAAAUCAGCCAAAGAUGUUGAAGAACUGAGGGAACUAGCAAGCUUGGAAAAGUUGCUUGUCUAUAUAACAUGGUAAGAUGGAAUUGGAGAACUUGAAAAACUGUAUGCUCUCUCUUAUUCUGGAAGAUGUAUUGUAACAUAGCACAUACACAAAGGUAAGUUCUCUUGUCCAGAGAGGCAUUCGUUUUCAAAGAUUUGCAACAACCUUCUAGUAAUACCAGCUGAUGGUACGGAAUAGUAGUUACGUUCGUGGGGGGUACUAUAGACUUUUGACUCAUUGUCCCUCCUCUGUAGGAUCUCAGGUACUAUAACCUUUUCCCAUGAACAUCUUUGAGUAGGUACUUUGUGGGGUUAUUUGAAUUACAUUAGAUACUUUAAAACAAUAGUUGGAAGUCUCCGGUGCCGAAGACAUAUUUUGUGAGCACCCAAAGGUUUUUGAGUAAUGUAAAUGAAGUUUCAUAAAGA